UCUGCCUCAAUGCCCUCUACCACUGUGUGCAGUUUAAACAAAUUAUGUCCAAGGGUUUUCAAGUUAUGUGCUGGACAAGCACAGAUAUUUUAAAAGCAAUCAAUUACAAUUGUAUACAUGUACAUAAUGCUUGCAUACAUCAUCUUUUUUAAAAUGAUGUACACAUAUAUUUUAAUGUUUUUAAUUUAAAUUUCUUUUUAUUACAGAUACUAAGGUCUCAUAUUUCUAUCACAAAAUGUUUAAGACAAAACACGCAUUAACAGAAGUGCAAACAGAGCGAAUUAAACAUCUGCAGGAAAAGUGCAAUUACCUUAUGGAAAGGGUCGGAAGGAUAAGCUAUCAAAACAUAUACAAACAUCAACAGAUAUACUCAACACGCAACUCUGCCAUUUGCGUAGUGGCUAAAUCAGGCUGCACAUUUCUUAAACAAAUAAUUUACUAUCUUAAUGAUCCUAAAAAACUUUUAGGUUUAAGGAAGCCUAAACACAAUGCGGAAGAACUUAAAAAUGUAACUCUGCUCCAAAAAAAUGUUUUUAAUUUAGCGAGAAAAGAUAUUCAUUACUUGCUCAAUUUCGACAAUGUGCAAGUUACGGCUCGUGAUUUCAGGAAAGGCAUGUUUUUGAAAGCCAUAGUUGCAAGAAAUCCUUAUUCACGAUUAUAUUCAGCCUACUUAGACAAGAUUUAUGUGCCAGUCUUCGAGGAUGUCUUUCAAGCCAAAUAUGAGGAAAUAAUCUCAACAGGUAGUAAAGUAACACAAUUGAAGGCGUGCAAAGAUUAUGUGUCUUUUGAAGACUUUUUAAAACAUGUUUUAUCUGAAAGCCGUAAGAGUAACGGAAAUCCUCACUGGCUCCCGGCCUAUUCUCAGUGUAAUGCUUGCAGAGCGAAACCAGAUAUCGUCAUAAAACAAGAGACGUACUACGAAGACAUAGAAUAUUAUCUGUCACAAAUCGAUAUCAGUUCAUCCGAAUGGGAAGAAAUCGACUCUGCAAUCGCCAAAAAGGGGAUCCAAUCAGAUUCCAUAAUUACCGGCUUGAUUCAAACAAUGUUUGAUAAAAGCUUGGAAAGUGAACUGUCAAUAUGCUUCUCCAAGAUUCAGAUUGCUCAACGUAUCUGGGAAGCAUUGCAAUUUCAAGGUCAAAUUUAUCAGAAUCAGAAAUUUCCAGUUGUACGUUUAAAAAACAUGCACCUCGAUGCGACAAGUGUGGCUGGUGUUUUCCUUUCUCAGAUAAAGAAAAUGCCAAUUACCGUUGAGGAGAGCAAGAAUCAGAGGAAAAAUGCCCUGGCAAGAGCAUUUAGAAAUAUUAAACCCGAACUGAUUAUUAACAUUCAAGCCAUGUUUUAUUAUGAUUUCAUGAUAUUCAAUUAUGACUUUGAACCACCAAAAUAAACUAUAUGAUUUCAAAAAUAUAUAAGAUAAUUUUGUUGAAGUUCUGAUUUACUGAGUUUUGACUUUGAUUUUAUGAGUAAAACUGCCAUGCCUACAUAUUUAAUGUACAUUUAAUUUUGAA